GAAGGAGUCCAGGAGUCAGGACCAGAGUCCGUCCGACUCCAGAGAGAUGGACCGGUCCUACGACCUGCUGACAGGUAAUCCUCCAUCAAAACCCAUUAAGAAGACCAUGAAGCAGCGGUUCCUCAAACUCCUCCCCUGCCUCCGCCCUGGCUCCAGCUCCUCAGUCGCACAAAGCAACAUCACUGACGAGGAUGAACUGUCGGCCGUGCGUUACCGACCGGAGCGGCUCGACCACCUCGAGGAGAAGACCAACUUCAGCAAGAAGGAGCUGCAGGUCCUCUACCGGGGAUUCAAAAACGAGUGUCCCAGUGGUGUGGUGAACGAAGAGACUUUUAAAAGCAUCUACUCCCAGUUCUUCCCUCAUGGAGAUUCCAGUAUGUACGCACAUUUCCUCUUUGACGCUUUUGACACCCGCAACAACGGCUCGGUCAGCUUUGAGGACUUUGUUGUGAGUCUGUCCAUCAUCUUGAGAGGCUCCAUCACCGAUAAACUCAACUGGGCCUUCAAUCUGUACGAUCUCAACAAAGAUGGCUGCAUCACCAGAGAGGAGAUGACGGACAUCAUGCACUCCAUCUACGACAUGAUGGGGAAGUACACCAGCCCCUGCAUGGGGGACAACGCUCCCAUGGAGCACGUGGACAACUUCUUCCAGAAAAUGGACAAGAACAAUGACGGCGUGGUCACCAUCGAGGAGUUCUUGGAGACAUGCGAAAGGGAUGAGAGCAUCAUGCAGUCCAUGCACAUGUUCGACAACGUGAUCUAA